CACAAAAUGUAUACAUAAAUCAGCUGAAAGAGAAGACUGACACAGUUUACUAAAUACAAGCUAUGGCGAUCCUUCAAUUAGCCCUAGUUUUCUCUAUAUUAACCUCACUUUCCUUACUCGCCGGAUCUUCACCGCCACCGUCGCCGGAUUUACAGAUCGUCACCGCCGAACGCAGAAUUGACUUGAAUUCACACAUUGUGAAGGUUUUCUUGACGUUGAAGAUUGAAAAUAUUGGUGAAUCUCCUGCUUCAGAAGUCCUUCUUGCCUACUCUCCCACAGAAGCUGAUCAUCUGGCAUUGGUAAAAGCAGCAGCUGCUGCUGGCAAGAAGAAAAGGAAAUCUUAUUUGACACUUGAUGUGAAGCCAUCUGAGCUGCCUGAUGGACCAAAUGGCACUAAGUAUUAUUUAAUACAUUUGCUUAAGCCAUUGGGCAAAGGUGAAGCUAUCACGCUAGAAGUUCUUUAUUAUUUGACACAUUCUCUUGAGCCUUUCCCAGUAGAAAUAAGCCAGUCGGAGGCUCAAUUAGUUUAUUACCGUGACAGUGCAAAAAUCUUGUCACCAUAUCCUAUUAAAGAACAAGCAACGUUUCUAAAAUCACCAUCGAGCAGGAUUGAGUCGUUCACAAGAGUUGUGCCUACAGAUCGAGCAAACACAGAACUAAGAUAUGGACCAUAUGAGGAUCAAUCUCCGUAUUCAUAUUCACCUAUAAUCAUCCAUUUUGAAAACAAUAAUGCGUUUGCUGUGGUUGAGGAGCUUGUGCGUGAAAUUGAAAUCUCUCACUGGGGAAGCAUACAGGUUACUGAGCAUUAUCAAUUGGUACAUGCUGGUGCUCGGCAUAAAGGUGCUUUCUCAAGGGUUGAAUAUCAGUCUAAGCCCACACACAGCGGUGUUUCCUCAUUCAAGCAUCUUCUUGCAGAAUUACCACCAAGGGUCCAUUCUGUCUACUACAGGGAUAACAUAGGGAACAUUUCAUCCUCUCGCUUGCGCACAAAUUUUAAGAAGUCAGAGCUGUUAAUAGAACCACGAUAUCCUUUAUUUGGAGGCUGGAAAUCUACUUUUGUCAUUGGAUAUGGGGUUCCACUAGAGGACUUCCUUUUUGAGGCAGCUGAUGGGACACGCUACCUGAAUUACAGUUUUGGAUGUCCUCUUGCAGACACUGUUGUUGAAAAGUUGACUGUCAAAGUUGUGCUGCCAGAAGGAUCAAAGAACCCAUCCGUUGUGGUUCCUUUUCCUGUGGAACAACGAACAGAGAGGAAAUACUCCUAUCUUGAUGUUGUGGGAAGGACGGUGGUGGUCCUGGAGAAGGCCAAUGUAGUUCCUGAUCACAAGUCUCCUUUCCAGGUCUAUUACAAAUUCAGCCCCAUUUACAUGCUUGCGGAACCAUUGAUGUUGACUUCUGUCUUCUUCCUUUUCUUCAUGGCUUGUGUCACUUAUCUACAUUUAGACCUUUCGAUUAGCAAGACCAAGCAAACAUGAGUUUUGACACUCUUGAGUGGUACUUUACCUAUAUAUUAGACCAAUUAUAGUCCUCAAGUCAUUAUUAAAACCAUUACAUUGAUAAUUUCCUCUUUUCGUUCUUCUGUGAAAUGUGUAGAACUUUUGACGUUGAGAUUAAAUAUUAGUAGAAGCAGCUGCAACUUCCAGUCCACCAAAGGUAGAAGACCUUAUGUGUAUCGUUGUAGCCUACUACUAAAUUGGAUUUUGAACUUCUAUUGUUGUUUACCUUAGAUCA